AAGAAAAGGAAAAUGUCUGUAGCGACGGAGGAAAUCAAAGCCAAAGGAGCCGAAGUAUACAAAGGAGACGAGAUUUGCCAAGAGAAAUCCAAGGAAUUGCUGAAGGAAAUCGGUCUCCCAAAUGGUCUUCUGCCAUUGAAGGACAUUGAAGAAUGUGGGAUCGUGAGAGAAACAGGGUAUGUGUGGCUGAAGCAGAGGAAGAACACGACCCACAAGUUUGAGAAGAUCGGGAAGCUGGUGUCGUAUGCGACGGAGGUCACGGCGGUUGUGGAGAAGAACAAGAUCAAGAAACUCACCGGAGUUAAGACGAAGGAGCUUCUGAUUUGGGUGAGUUUGAGUGAUAUCUAUGUGGAUGAUCCACCCACCGGAAAGAUCACGUUUCAGACUCCGGCGGGACUGUUUAGGACUUUUCCGGUGUCGGCGUUUCAGGUUGAAGAGCCGUUGAAGCAGGUGAGUGAAAAGGAACAUGGGGUGGGCGCUGUCGGAGUCAAGGAGGUCUGAUCUGUAUGUCUUGUGGGUUUAUAUAAUGAAAUGAAUGUUUCUAUAGCUAAUAAAUUAUGUGUUGUAGCUUGAGAAUUUAGUUUUCUGUCUGAUACUGUCUGAUACUGUCUGGAUUUGGGAUCAUUGCAUUCAUGUUUGUUUUAAUGGUGCCUUGAUCUCUCUGUUUUUUGAUGUUAUAUGGGUUUUUGAGGGGUUGGGAGAAGGCUCGAGAGGGGUCGAGCCUUGCGGGGAGGUAGUUCGAGAGCUCUACAAUGAUGUACUUUGUUCGUGAGUCGUGGGAGGAGUAGUCUUCAUUGGCUGUUGUUAGGAAUCACGACUCUUCACAAGGGUAUGAUAUUGUUCAUUUUGAGCUUUAAA